UACACCAAAACCUCCCAUAAAUGUGCAUAUUGGUUAGGCCCGGCCCGGCCCACGAGCCCAGUUUGGAAGUAACCAUGCUGUCUGUGGGCCCUCCGAACAGAACAAAACCUACCGCUUUGACCUAAAUAGGUGAAAACACGGCCACCGCCAUCUCCAUGCACAGCUCAGACCUCCUUCAUCGUCCUCAUCCUCUGCUAUCUGUUUCUACUUUCAUCCGGAAAGACACUCAGCCACUGAGAGUGAGAAUCCACUGUAUAUAUAUGUACACUCCACCAGCGCAGUGAAUCAAUACCCAAGAAUCCAUGGCCUCCGUUUUCAAGAACCUUUCUUUCUCCUCCUCCAUUAUCCCCUGCAUCGUCCCCAUAUUCUUCUCCUGCUUCUUCAUCGUCUCCCAUUCCGAAUACUUAUCCCUUACGACGUCGCUGCCCUCCAGUACGACGAAAAUUAGUAAUGUAUCCGACGGCGGCGAGUGGGUUCUUUUGCACAAGAGCAUUGGCGUCUCGGCCAUGCACAUGCAGCUCCUCAAAAACGACAAAGUCAUUAUAUUCGACUGGACCGAUAUGGGCCCUUCUAACCUCUCCCUCCCCGACGGUGCCGCCUGCCGUCAUUACCUCUUCCACAACAGGACCAUAAAUGACUGCACCGCCCACUCCCUCAUCUACGACCUCGCCACCGACACAUCCCGCCCCCUCUUCGUCGCCUCCGAGACCUGGUGCUCCUCCGGCGCCCUCGAUGCCAACGGUGCCCUCGUCCAAACAGGCGGAUACGGCGACAACGGCAUCCGAAGAAUCCGCACAUUCUCACCCUGCGACGACGACAGCUGUCAAUGGGUCGAGCUCCCGACAAACCUCUCCGACCGCCGCUGGUACGCAUCCAACCAGAUACUCCCCGACGGACGCGUCAUCGUCGUGGGAGGAAGAAAAGCCUUCACCUACGAGUUCUACCCCAAGAAAAACGACGAGUCGUACGACAAGUUGUUCUACUUCCGGUUCUUGGCGGAGACCAACGACCAGGGCGAGGAGAACAAUCUUUACCCGUUCUUGCACCUUUUGCCCGACGGGAACCUCUUCAUCUUCGCAAACAACCGGUCAAUCUUGUUUGAUCACAGUAACAACCGGAUCGUUAAGGAACUCCCCGGUAUGCCGGUCGCCGUCAAGCGGAACUAUCCCAGUACGGGGUCCUCCGUCCUCCUCCCGCUCAAAAUGAACGGGGUCUUGUCCGGGUCGGGUCUGCCCGAAGUUGAAAUCUUGAUAUGUGGCGGGGCGCUUCCCGGAGCUUUUAACUUGUCGAAAAAUAAAAUACACGUCGGCGCCUCCAACAGCUGCGGUCGGAUAAAGUUGUCCGACCCGCAUCCGAAAUGGGUCAUGGAGGAAAUGCCCAUGCCACGUGUCAUGUCCGACAUGCUGCUACUGCCAACUGGUGACGUCAUCAUCAUCAACGGCGCAUCGAACGGGACGGCGGGCUGGGACGCCGCUGAAAACCCGGUUUUCAACCCGGUCUUGUACCGGACCUACGAAUCGAAUCCGGACCGGAGAUUCGUGGUGCUGAAUCCGAGCAGCAUUCCAAGAAUGUACCACUCCGCCGCUCUUCUUGUGCCAGAUGGCAAAAUAUUGGUGGGCGGCAGCAACCCGCACAAUGAGUACAACUUCAGGAGAGCUUUCCCCACUGAUCUCAGCCUGCAGGCGUUCCACCCGCCGUACCUGGGCCCACUCUUCGCUCCCUUGCGGCCGUCGAUCCUGUCCGUCGAAACGAGGGACGAUACCGUAUCGUACGGGCAGGAGUUUUCUGUUACCUUUGUUUUAUCCGUGUACCGGGCGGAUCCCCGGAUUUCGGUGGCGCUGGUAACGCCGUCGUUUACUACGCACUCGUUCGCAAUGAAUCAGAGGAUGGUGGUUUUGGACGUGGCACUCCUGGAGCACCUGUCGACGACUGCUUACAAGAUUACGGCGUAUGGCCCACCGAAGAACACGGUGGCCCCACCUGGUUACUACUUGCUUUUUCUUGUCCACGCUGGCACUCCCAGCCACGGUGUCUGGGUUCGGGUGCAGUGAAUGCCAUUCAUUGGCCAACAUUAAUUUGUAUUUUUGGCGGAGUAAUUUAGGAUUAUUCUUUUCGGGAUUAUUGAGACUUGAA